AGCACAAAGUGAAAAAAACGCAUCUCAGUGAGAUGCUGCUGCUGCUUCGUCCUCCCCACACCUCACAAAGGUUGGUUGCUUCUCAUCCCAUCUGAAGCCUUCUGGCACAGUUUUGAUUUUACAUUUUUUAUUAUAUUCUUGUUGGGAUUUUUUAAUUUGGACUGAAAAUCUUGUUUUUGUUACUGAUGGCCACCAGCAUCCCCAUCCUCAGCCUCAGCAUCAGCACCACCAUCAGCAUCAGCAGCACCACCGGAGGGCCAGGAUUCAACCAGCACACCUAGCAGGCUGAGGAGGCCCACGUCAGACCCAGCUGCCUUAACCGAACUUUGACCUUUGACCUUUGACCAGCGCAGAACAACCGGACUCGUCGUCAUCAUGACGCAGCAGAGAGUCGACUGAUCCAAAACGGGAAUCUGAAAGAUGACAGAGAGCAGGAGGAGGAGGGAGCCGAGAGACGCCGAACGGGAACAAAACUAGGACAAAUUAAAAAAAGGAUGUGAAUGUGACUUUUCUUCUUCACGUGUUGCUCAUUAAACCGCACGUCCCCGUAACGAACUCCAGCAUCGAAAAACCAAAACACCGUCAGCUCCCUAAGAACCAACGAUGUAGACAGCAGCGCCGAUUGUUACUGAAUUACCAUCAAAGACGACCACGAUUGUCUCCGACUGACGAAACCUGGAGCUCAAAGACAGCAAAUAAGAUUGUGCUCCAGAUACGAGGGCGAAGAUCACCAAAUCAACAACAGAUUGUACAUCAGAACUAAACUGUCUGGAAUAAACCGUGAAGACAAACUGAUCUAACAGACUACAGUUUGUACAGAACACACAUUUUGGACGUGAGACUCCACGAUGACGCACCUCCACGCCGGCCUGAGCUCAGAGACGACGGAGAAGGCUCGCUUAGAGCUGAAUGAAAACCCCGACACUCUGCAUCAGGACAUCCAGCAGGUGCGGGACAUGAUCGUGACGCGGCCGGACAUCGGUUUCCUGCGGACGGACGACGACUUCAUCCUCCGUUUCCUGAGAGCCAGGAAGUUCGACCAGAUGGAAACCUUCAGGCUGCUGGCCCAGUACUUCCAGUUCAGACAGCAGAACCUCGACAUGUUCCAGAGCUUCAAGGUGGACGACCCCGGUAUUAAACGGGCGUUGAUGGACGGUUUCCCCGGCGUGCUGGAGACUCCAGACCAACAUGGCCGAAAAAUCCUCAUCUUGUUUGCCUCCAACUGGGACCAGAGCAGGAACUCGUUCACGGACAUCCUGCGUGCCAUCCUUCUGUCUCUGGAGGUUCUGAUAGAGAACCCGGAGCUCCAGAUCAACGGUUUCAUCCUCAUCAUCGACUGGAGCAACUUCUCCUUCAAACAGGCCUCCAAGCUGACGCCCAACAUCCUCAAACUGGCUAUUGAGGGCCUUCAGGACAGUUUUCCAGCUCGGUUUGGAGGGAUCCACUUUGUGAAUCAGCCGUGGUAUAUUCACGCCAUGUACACCAUCAUCAAACCUUUCCUCAAAGACAAGACCAGGAAAAGGAUCUUCCUCCACGGUAACAACCUGAACUCGCUCCACCAGCUCCUCCAGCCCGAGUGUUUGCCGUCAGAGUUCGGCGGGACUCUCCCUCCGUACGAUAUGGGCAUCUGGGCUCGAACGCUGCUGGGACCCGACUACAACGACGAGACCGAGUACACGCUGACCUACGACGCCCUGCACGUCAGGGAGAACUGUGGAGGAGGAGGAGGAGACAAGGAGAUGAUGAAGAGGUCUCAGUCGGCGGUGGAACCAGGAACUCUCCGGCAAACGGACAGGGAGACCAGCACGCCACUACUGGCCCUGGACUGAACACACACACACACACACACACACACACACACACAUCUAGAGCCGUCACAUGACCACGCAGAUCCAUCAACACACACAUGUACAGACAACAACAAAUCACAGCGUCCACUUUGACACAUCCUCUCUAUAUCACUCACACACACACACACACACACACACACACACACACACACACACACACACACACACACACACACCAGCUGUGUAUUAAGCUGGUGGAUUUGAGCCUGCAUCCUUUAGUCCUGUUGACCUGAACUCUGACAGUGACUGAACUUCCUGUACAGGACACACACACACACACACACAUGCACACACACACACAGUCUGUCCUGUCUCUGAGCCGUCUAAUGCCUCCCAGCUGAGCCUCUCUCCAGCCAGCAGCAUCUGUCCUGUGUUGUCCAUGACGACGACGACGACGACGACGACGACACACUCUCAAGUGUUUGUGCGUCGUCUCCUCGCUUCGAGUUUUUGUUAAUUCUGUCAGAAACAAGCAGGAAUGUAACGAGGAAAACACCGCGAUCACAUUUCAUCUGUUUUCCGUGAGCCGAGUCCUGAGGGAGGAUGUGGUGAAACUUUAUUUAAACCUCAGACAACAGAGAAUCAUAUCAGUAAUAAUUAAGAAACAUUUAGAGCAGGUUGCACCAACAAGGAUUCAUUUCAACAAAUAUUAUUUAAUUCUGGUUUAAAAAGAUAAACCAGAUUAACCAGUUAGAGUUCAUAUUAAUGGGUUUUGUCAUUCACGCGCUCGAUUUCGUAAAAGGGUAAACAGAACGUAUAACGUUGCCAUGGAGCAACAACUUCCUUUGCCUAUAUUUGAUUAUAUAAUUUGUCAAAUUGUCUCCACUAAAAGUAUGCAGAGUUAUCUAUAAGCAGCUCCUGUUAUCAAUGUACUCGUGGAUGUUCAGACUAUCACUGGAUUACUUUGAUUCUGAGGAAAACUUGAAAACGUGAAGAUUCUCAAGCAAGUUCUGUAGCGUCUUUUUUCUACGCUUUCUAAGCGGGUUUAUGGACGUCUAUUUGUGAAAGACACCAGAUGUAAUUAUAUCCUCAGAAAGUGUAAGUCACGCUGAAUUUAAAAAUAUGCGUAUCAUGCCUGUAUGUUUAAAUUUGACUGAGUUAUGACUCUGAGAAUAGUCCGAUUUUUUACUUUUCCACGCCCCCACCAUGCGCCUCACAGUUUGAAAAUAUGUGGAAUAGUUGAUUGACAGAAAAUGAAUUGACAAGUAGUAAAAAUAAAAGUUGCAACCUUAAAUAUAGCUUUCUCAGGUGGAAAAGUUUCACAUUAAUCUUCUAUAAUUCAGGUUUAAUCAUGAUUUAAUCCAGGAUUAAAGAUAAUCCUUGUUGGUGAAACUCUUAAAUGUUUGAAAGAGCAUUUGUCUUUAGUGUUUUCAGAGCUGUGAAUCUAAAGUUAGUUUCUGUGCAGUUCUGACACGGCGGCUCCAUCACUCCAUCACAGUAUGUUCGUCAACAUAUGAAUCAGAAUACUUUGAAUUUAACUGACUUCAAUGUCCCGGUAAUCUGAAAGAGAAAGAGAGUCAAUGGACAUGCAGGAAGAAGCAAAAGAAACUUCACUUUGGUAGAAUAAUUUCACCUUUUUUUUUUCUUUCAUGUAAAAACAACAAAAUCACGGCACUAGCAUUUCAAAAUAAAAGCACCGCAAAUUCGGCAGAUAUUAUAACCGGAUGCAUGAAAACUUUUCUACCAGAGUGAAAUAAAUUCUUUCUGAAAAAAAAAGUAUUGUGCUGUGAAGAAACCACAGGAUGCCAAAUUAUCACCUUUAACCUCGAAGGGAAAGAUUGUUUUUAUUGAAUCUUAAUUUAUUAUUAUGAAGAUUGUAUAUUAUUGUUAUAAGUAUUAUUACUAUUACGCUGCAAAAAGAAGUGACACACUUGGCCGAUCUUAUCCUGAGAUAUUUAAAGUCUGAUUAUCUUCAGUUUCUGCAACGUAAAUUAUUUUAAUUUCUGUCUGAAAUCAGAAAAUCUUUCAACUUUAACGACUCGUUAAACAUCACAUUUAUGAGGAGAGUGAGAACAUGUGCAGGUUGAUGAUUUCACUUUCAAAUAUCUCGAUAUAACGCGGAUUAUUUGUGAAAUAUAAAAGGCCAAGUUUGUCCUGAUUAUUUGCAGUGUGUUUGACUCCUCAUCAGGGCUACUCUGAGUAGUGAUCUGAUCUCCACUCGACUGUAAUGUAACUUCCUCUCAAUGAAUGUAUAGAAGUAAACAUUUACACCAACCUGA